AAACUAAAACAAAACAAACUUCCCUUACCAUUAUUUAUCACUAGCUAAAAUUAAUUAAUUAUAACCCUUCCCUGACAAUUCAACGCGCUUUGCCUUUGAAACAUUCAAUAUUUUUACCCGAAACACAAACACAACAAAAGCCUUUCAUCUUCAUCAGGCCACAAAAAGAUAAAAUUUAUUAUCUUAUUUUCAUUUUCAUCAACAACCCAAUUACGAGUAUGAUGCCUUCCCUCCAAUCCGAUCAAGUUAAACAACUGAGAGACAUCUUCAAGCGCUUCGAUAUGGAUUCUGAUGGCAGCCUGACCCAGCUUGAACUGGCUGCACUUUUGCGAUCUUUAGGCCUGAAGCCAAGCGGGGAUCAGCUACACGUUUUGUUGUCGAAUAUUGAUGCGAAUGGCAAUGGGUUUGUGGAGUUCGAUGAAUUGGUUUCUGCAAUAUUGCCCAACAUGAGCGAACAGAUUUUGAUCAACCAAGAACAGCUUUUGGAGAUGUUUAGGUCGUUCGAUCGUGAUGGUAAUGGCUAUGUUACAGCGGCUGAACUGGCGGGUGCCAUGUCGAAAAUGGGUCAACCUUUAACGUAUCGAGAGCUUUCCGAAUUGAUGAAGGAGGCUGAUUCUAAUGGAGAUGGCGUUAUUAGUUUUAAUGAAUUUGCAUCGAUUAUGGCCAAGUCUGCGGCUGAUUAUCUAGGCCUUAACUGUACUACAUAGGGCUAUCAGCUCUGUUAACAAGUUCAUAUUCAUUGGGGUUAAGGAUUCAUUUUCCAUUGUAUGAUUUCAAUUAUCAUUCCCCCCACUUUUUUGCUCUUAAUUUUAUCCUUUCUUCUUGGUUAUCUUUUUAUUUUGUAUUUCCAGAUUUGUAUCAGGCAUCGUAUGUAUUUCCAGAUUUGUAUUAUCAUUCAUCUUCUCCUGCAUAACUCAACUUGUAAUUUUAGA